GCACAAAACGUCUGGCAACAUUUCAAUUGUAAAACGCUCGGUGAGUACUCUGAUCUGUACCUGAAAACUGACGUAACAAUACUUGCGGAUGUUUUUACGAAUUUUCGCAAGUUAUGUCUACUAAAAUAUAAAUUGGAACCGGCAUAUUAUUUUACGAGUCCCGGUCUGUCUUUUGACGCUAUGUUGCUGCAUACGGGCGUUUCACUAGAUCUCAUGAGUGAUUAUGAACAGCAACUUUUUAUUGAGAGAGGAAUACGGGGAGGAAUGACAACUUCGGUGUUGAAACAUGCCACAGCCAACAAUGAAAAGACGCCUCAUUAUGAUAUCAAACAACAAAAAUCUGAAAUUAUAUAUUUGGAUGUCAAUAAUUUGUAUGGUUGGAGUAUGUCUCAACAUAUGCCAUGUGGUGACUUUAAGUGGUUAGACGUGGACGACGAAACGAAAAUUUUAAAGACUGUGGAAGAGUUACCUGCGGAUUCUCCUAUAGGAAUGGCCCUUGAAGUGACGGUGUCGUACCCGAAAGAGUUACAUGAUGCCCACAACGAAAUGCCGUUUCUACCUGAACGAAAAUGUCCGCCUAAUUCACGGGUCAAAAAACUGUUGUCUACUUUCGAUCGGAAAGAAAACUACGUUAUACACUAUUUAAAUUUAAAACAGGCUAUGGCAAACGGAUUAAAAGUAGAAAAGGUGCAUAAGGUGUUACAAUUUAAGCAGUCGGCCUGGCUAUCAAAAUAUAUACAACUCAACACGGAGAUGAGACAGAAAGCCAAAAAUGAUUUUGAAAAAGACUUUUUUAAAUUAAUGAACAACGCUGUUUUUGGUAAAAUGAUGGAACGUGUACAAUUUAGAACGCAAAUGGAAUUGGUCAAUAAUCCUAAACGAGCGGCUAAAUUAAUUAGAAAGCAUAAUUUCAAACAUUGUACAACGUACAGUGAAAAUUUAUCAGCGUUUGUAUUGGAAAAGAAAAUUAUCGAUUUUUGUAAACCAGUAUACGUAGGUUUCGCAAUUUUAGAAAUUAGUAAAACUCUGGUAUACGAUUUCCAUUAUAACGUAAUGAAGAAAUAUUUCAAAGACCGUGCUCGACUGUUAUACGGUGACACAGAUUCAUUAGUGUACUUUAUCGUGGGUGAUGACUUUUACGCGGUGGCAAAGAAAAAUCCUGAUCUAUUGGCUAGACUUGACACUUCAGGUUUGCCGAGCAGUCACCCGUGUUAUUCAAACGCAAACAAAAAGGUGCCUGGUUUAUGGAGUGACGAAGCGCCGGGGAAAUCUAUAUUGGAGUUUAUUAGUCUAAGACCAAAAUGUUAUGGUUUUGACUUGGAGGGUAAAGAAAAAAUUAAGGCGAAAGGGAUACGUGGUCACGUUGUGAAAAAUCAUCUUACAGUCGAGGACCUGAAACGGUGUUUGUAUGCUGAAGAGGAGCCUGCAGUAAGCGAAGCUCAUGCAACAGCGGCUACUUAUGGUACGAUGGUUGUAAACAACAUUCAUGAGAGAGCCGUUGACCCUUAUUGCCCCGUUGUAAAGUACCCGACUUAUACACCAUACAGAGAAAAUGUGUCAAUCAGAUCAUUUCAACACCAAAUAUACACCAUUAAGACUAUGAAAAUGACAUUAAACCGUUUAGAUGAUAAGCGGGUUAUAUCAGAAGACCGUAUUACUACCUACGCUUACGGUCAUUAUAAACUAGAGAAUGAAGACACCAUUGAAACUUAUGAUUUGUAGAUACAUCUUAUAAACUAAUGUAAAAAUAAUAAAUAGAUUACAAAAAUUUAUUAGUAAACAAUAUUAUUAUUAUUAU